AUGUCAUCCCUUCAGUGUAAAUACCUCAUGAAUUUAGUGGAUUCUAAACAAAUUCCGGAAGACAACAUUCUCGAAAGUUCCGUGGUGGACCAUUUGAACGAAUCAGAUGCCGAUCUCUUAAACCUUCUAACGACCGGAGACGACUGUUCCGACAUCCUUAACAACAUUGCCACGAAUGAACAGUUCGAGCGACUUAUGAACAGCGAUUCCAAUUUCGUGGACGAAAUAAUCGACGAAAUGAAAGAAGAAACGCAAAAAGUAGAAAACACGUUCAAGUGCUAUCAGUGCGGGAAGGUUUUCAAAACAAAGAAACUGUUAAAGAAGCAUCUUUUUAUUCACACGGGUAUUCGUAAGUUCUCGUGUGAGGUCUGCGGGAAGAGUUUCAAAUAUAGAUAUGAAGUGGAUGUCCACAAGAAGAGUCACAACAACCCUACUUUCCAGUGUGAUAUUUGUUCGAAGAUGUUUAUACACAAGUCGCAUUUGACAACGCAUCGUCGUAAGCACCUGAAUGAGUUUGUCGACUUCUGUCAGGAGUGCAAUAUGGGUUUUGUGACGAAAUUUUUGUAUACGAGUCAUGUUAAUCUUGUACAUAAGAAUUUGCAACUGGUGUGCGAUACUUGCGGAGCAAGACUCAGCUCGUUGUCUUCUUUGAAAGAGCACCAGUUGACUCAUGAUCCCAACUAUGGUAACGAAAGGCAUCAUGUUUGUGAAAUCUGUGGAAAGUCUUAUCUGAGUUCGCGAAAUUUAAAGGGUCAUAUGAAGAUACAUAAACAAAUUCGGAGUUACGUUUGCAACAUCUGUGGAAAGUCAGUUAGCAGUAAAAAGAUAUUGGAAACACAUAUCAAAAUGCAUACAGGACUUAAAGAUUUUAUUUGUAAGGUGUGCAAUAAAGGGUUUGCUUCGAAAGAGUAUUUGAAUGUCCAUACUAGGAUACACACAGGCAAUAAACCCUUUAGUUGUGAAACUUGUGGGAAGAGAUUUACACAGAAGACUUCCCUGACUGUACACAUGAGGCACCACACUGGUCAGAGACCUUACAAGUGUGAAUGUGGGAAAGAAUUUACCACCAAGAGCCACUUGAUGACACACUAUAAAGCGCACGAUGUUGGUGGAGUUGACAUAGAUCUGAUUUCGCGACCUGUAUAG